AUGUAUCACAGGGCUGUAUUUACAACGGAGAAGACAUCAGGUGUUACAAUGACCCGUUGUUGUGUCAAGGACUUUGAGGAAACCUUGCAUUGGACUAGGCCUCGUGUCGCAGGUUCCGAAUUCAAAUUCAAAGUUUCGGAGAAUGCUUAUCAAUGGCCAGCCACCCAUAAUCCUUGUCGUAGCUUCCGAGCUUUUGGCACGCGGAUUCGCGACCAAGCUUCCGACCACACAUUCCGUUUGACGCUUCCCCAGCUCCGUAACCCUGGCCUCAGCUUGCAUAUCGCUCACUUUCCGGAUCUGCAUCUCUCCAUAACCCCGACUUACGAAGCUUCCUGGUGUGCUGUUAUUCGUCCCGGUACGAAUGAAGUGAGACUGGAUGUGGCGACUGCGAUUCCGACGUUCGCUCACACCCCGGCUCGGCCCGCUCAGUCAGGAUAUCUAUCAAAGGCCUCAAUAGUGGUGACAGUUUUACCCAUAUUGCCUAUGUGCGGUCAGACUCCAUCUUUCGCUUUCGGAACUUCGAUUCAUCCGUCGUUACAAACAGUGGCUUCAUCCAUCUUUCCCAAGCAGGGUUGGGCACGACAGCAUAAGGGUCGGCCCUCUUUCCCAGCUUAUCCUGAAGCAGGUGGUAUCAGCGAACUCUCUGAACCAGAACUUGCUACUCAAUUGGAAAAACCUGUUGAUGUUUGGCUCCACGGUCGAGUCAUGAUCGUGUUUAUCUAA